AUGUGUGGAAAGAUGGAUGAGGUUCACCUCCACAUGGAGCACAAGAGCCUACCCGGUGGAGAAUUUGGAGGAGUUCGUGCCUCGAUGUCCAAACCUCCGACGUCUAGCACUUCUAGGCCAAACAGCAUGGUUGUCAAGAAAGUGUGCCCACGGGAGUACAUCCCGCCGCACAUCGUGGCGGAGGCAAUCUCGACGCUGCACGGCCUCGACCUGCGGUGGUCGGGGCCGAUCACGCCCAGCGAGCGGCUCUACGUGGAGCAGUACGUGAUGGCCAAGUACCCGCAGUACUCUCACGGACUCAUUGAGGAGGAAAGCUGUGACAAGGACGACCUCUACUCCACCUACUAUAGCACCGGCAGCAUGUCUGCCUCGCCCGAGGGCGGAUCCGGCGAGCGGCGGAGGCCGUCGCCGACGGGGUCCCCGUCGUCGGCGAGGCCUGACAUCGACAUGGUCAGGUUGGAGCCGUCGCGUCUGCUGGACAUCCUGACCAAGAAGUCUUCCUUCACGGGGAGCUUCAUCUCCAUACCGGAGAUCCAGGCCAGGAACAGGGUGCUCCGGCACUGCGGACUCACCGACGAUGAGUACCUCGUGCUCUUCGCCGCCACGCCCAAGGACGCCAUGAUGCUGAUAGGCGAGAGCUACCCCUUCUUCCGGAGCAACUACUACAUGUCAAUCCUAGCCGACGACCGCGACUGCAUCCACGCAUUUGCGGCGUACAAGGAGGCCAAGGUCAUCGCGGCGCCGGAGUCGUGGCUGGAUCUCCGCAUCAAGGGCUCACAGCUCAGCCAGUACUUCCGCCGCAAGUCAAAACUCACGCACAAGGGCCUCUUCGCCUACCCAGCCGUCUCCGCCGCAGCCCCCGCCACCGACGACGGAAUCGCCCCGCCACCGCCGCGCUACUCCAUGCACUGGGUCUCCGAGGCGCACCGCAACGGCUGGCACGUGCUCCUGGACGCCACCGCGCUGGUCGUCGGCGAGGACCGGCUGCCGCUGUCGCUGCACCGGCCGGACCUCGUGCUGUGCACGCUCGACGACACGCACUCGCAGCAGCCGUCCGCCAAGGUGACAUGCCUGCUCGUCAGGAGGCGGUCCUUCGACACCUCCGCCCUGCCGCAGCCGCAGCAGAAACAGUGA